UAACGAUCUGAUGCUAUACGACGAGACGUAAGCUCAAAAUUCACCUUCUUUUGUACGAGAUGAAAAUUCUGAUCGUUCUUUCUCUGCUUGCCUUAACGGUUUUAUCGAAGCCGUCCCCGCGACUUAGACCGCCUGGUGCAAACUUACCACGGAAAGAAAAGGACAGUUCUGGUUACCACCGAGUCUGCUACUAUACUAACUGGAGUCAGUACCGUCCAGGAAAUGGAAAAUAUAUCCCUGAUGAUGUAGAUCCGUUUUUGUGCACCCACAUUGUUUAUUCCUUUGUUGAAAUUGGAAGUAAUAACCAGCUGAAACUUCGAGAAUGGAACGGAGACCAACUCAUUGACAGUUUACUGACAAAGAAACAAACUAAUCCAGAUCUCCUUAUCACAGCUGCUGUUGGAGGGUGGAAUUUCGGCACAGAACGAUUUACUGCCGUAUGUGAAAAUGAAGCAAAUAUGAGGAUGUUUGCAAAAACAUCAGUAGACUUUCUUCGACAAUUUAAAUUCGACGGUCUUGACAUGGAUUGGGAAUAUCCAGGAUCUCGGGGUUCUCCUCCAGAAGAUAAACAACGAUUUACUCGACUGUUGGAGAUUCUUAUGGAGGAGUAUGAAGCUGAAGCACUUAGCACCGGUAAUCCACGACUUUUGCUUACCGCAGCCGUUCCUGCUGGUCCGUCUACGAUUGAAGCGGGCUUUGAAAUAAAUGCCGUCUGCAGUAUUCUUGACCUGGUUCAUAUUAUGACAUACGAUUUCCACGGAGGAUCAUGGGAAAAAAACACAGGACACAACGCCGCACUUUAUCCAAGUCCACCCGGCACCAUACAGAAUGACUUCAAUAUUGAAGAAUCAGUUAACAUUUGGCUUACGAAUGGUUGCGACCCAAAGAAAUUAGUUUUGGGUGUUCCAACUUAUGGAAGAACUUACACUUUGUUGGAUCCAUUAAAAUUUGGCUUUGGUGCGAAUGCGACAGGACCUGGGGAUGCUGGGACAUACACAAGAGAGGCUGGUUUUCUUGCAUAUUACGAGAUAUGUCCAUAUAUGAAUGAUCCUGCAGCAAAUUUCAUUUGGAGUGAUUAUGCAAUGGCACCAGCUGUGGCUGUAGGCGAUCAAUGGAUUUCUUUUGACGAUGUCAACUCCAUCGAAUACAAGAUCAACUACAUGAAAUCUUUGGGUUUGGGUGGAACAAUGGUGUGGGCGGUCGAUAAUGAUGAUUUCCAAGCUACAUGUGGCUACAAAAACCAUCUUUUAAGGCAAAUGUAUUUCUUGCUUGUCGGUGAGAACAGUCCAGCAUGUGGUAUCAAACCAACAACAACUGCUGUUACUUGGUGGCCACAACCUGAUUACACAAACCCACCGCAGGAAAUAGAUUGCUGGUAUCCUUUGCAACCAGGCGAAACAACUCCAGCUGUUACCACGAAGACCACAGUAGCAACUCCAGUACCAACCGAACCAACCACCAACCCAAAUACACCUGGGGGCACACCAUAUCCAGACACAACAACCAACAGAGUAGUUACACUACCUCCUUGCGAAGGUCCCGAUUGCUAUCUUGAGUGCACAUUGAAACCAGAUGGAUUUUAUGCGGACCCUCAUAGAUGCAACUGCUUUUAUCAGUGUUCAGAUAAGCAAGCUUUUCCCAAAUGUUGUUCGAACGGUCUGCUGUACAACCCAGAGAUCGUCGCAUGUGAUUACCCCGAAAACGUUGAUUGUUCUCAAACGUUGGCACCCACUAGUCCGCCAGCACCAACAACUACCACAGAACAACAGUUCACCACUACAUUACCAGUGACACAAACUACCUUGCCUGCUACCGCUGGACCAGGAGAAUUCUCUUGCACCAAUCAAGCAAAUGGCGAUUACGUCGACCCUCAAGAUUGUCACAGGUUUUAUCAGUGCGUGGGUGAAGAAAUAUCUUCAGUUCAUGAGUGUCCUGCUGGAACUUAUUUCAACGGCCUGACCUGCGAUUGGGAAUCGACCACCGUACCUUGCACAACUCGUACCUAAUAAGCUACGAAACGUGGUACACAUAUAACAUAGCGUUAAUUCGUGGAAUCAAGUGUAUGUUGUUUAAUGACUCCCGUGCGUAUGUAACGUAACUGUAAUUAUAACAUAGGUGCAAAAUACAUUUCUGAAUAAUUUAA